CUGCUAUCGUGCAUUCUGACUCCGCAUUGUCCUUCCUGAUCACGCUCUGCAUUUCCAUCAUUGUUGACUAUCUUCAUCCACGUUUCCCACCAACCACCCUGUUCUCAUUCGCCUGUCUCCUCCAACUUGUCCGAAACUGUCCACCACAGGUGCACAUGCAGAUUCAGCCCGAAUUCGCACGCGGUCUAGAACUUCAACAAGAGAUUCAGCGAUGUUGCAUGCCCAUACCCAGCGAAAACGCCCCAAGUGCCACAAAUGCGGGAUGCUGAUGGCUGGCCAUAAGCGCAGGAGCGGCAUGAUACUAUGCCCCGGCACUGAUGACGAGUACGAAGGUUCUACCAUUUCUGCCGAGGAUGUCCUUCAAGCCGGCGCAAGUGGCUCCGGCACUGCAGUCGAACGCGACUCCACCCCCGACAGCUCACUCCCUUCCCCGCCCGCUUCCCCAGGUCCCAAACCCAACAACGGACUCGGCUCGCCCGAGCGGCCAACCACCCCCACGUUCAAGGUCCCCCAAGACAAGUCGAUAUGGCACUGGCGCAAUCCCAACUGGGAGUCGCCCCCGCGCACGACGGUGACGCGUCGUUCGCCGCGCUCGCUCGUCGGCUUUCUUAAUGGCUCCCUCGUCCCCACCGAGCUCGCCUCGAACACGAACGACCAGCGCACCGAGCUCAACUCCGUCGCCGCCAACACCGACGAGAAGGAGAACGUGCCGACGUACCGGCUCCCCGCAUCGUAUCCAAACCCCGCGAACCUCCAGACCCCACUCGACUACGAAGACAUGUUCUCGAACCCCGGGCGCGUGCCCUCGCCGCUCUACGCCGCCGAGGGCCCCAUCAUCAGCGGGGGCGCGCAGUACGGCUACGGAGAAGAAGAAGAAGAAGAAUCAUCUCGACCGUACGGGCCGGAUCGCGAGCUCGAGCCCGAGGAGUACGGCUCGCAGAUCAGCUCAGACGCCUUUGACUCCAUCGAGUCUCUUUUUCGCAUCAUCCGUGCGCCCAGACGCGACGUCCCUGCGAUCACGCGCGCCGCAAGUCGCAGAGGCAAGUACGUCGCUAUCGUGCCCACCCCGCCGUCCACUCAAUACUCUCGCGGCGCCUUCGAUGACGUGGAGGACACCGUGUGGCUCGCCAUUGGGGACCACCCGCAGGCCGUCCAUGAAGCUGCGAGUAUGGGCGAGAGGUCCAUGUCGAAUGUGGGAAGCAUGCAGAGCUCGUCGGGGUCCACAAUCAGAUCAGCGGGCGUUGGGUUUCUUCAGGUCUUGUUUGCCGGAGUUGUUGGGGGACUUGCCGUCACCGCCGUCUUGGCUCUCAUGUAGCGGGAUGGAGCAGCAUCUUGGACUUUCAUUCACUGAAUCGACAGGAACUCUUGCAAUUGCAUCUACGUUACAUCUGUACUUAUAUCACUCGUUUGUCUGCUUUCCGUUCACUGCUUUCUGCACUUUGCUUCUUCGUACUGCUUUCUACGUAUUCGAUCUGCUUUUUUGCGCUCUUGUUGUCACAUAUAUGCCUCCCUAUGCUUUUACUUCUCGCAUGCCACAUGCCCUAUGCCACCCUUUUUGUACAUC